CGGAUUCUAUAAAAAGCAGCCGCAGAGCGUUUUUAUGCUAACAAGAAUCAGGCUAGUCCACAACCGCAGCUUCUCAUUACUGGUGUGAGCUUUUUUGUUAAGAUGCAGAUCUUUGUCAAGACCCUGACCGGCAAGACCAUCACCCUGGAGGUGGAGCCCAGUGACACCAUUGAGAAUGUGAAGGCUAAGAUCCAGGACAAAGAGGGCAUCCCUCCUGACCAGCAGAGGCUCAUCUUUGCUGGCAAGCAGCUGGAAGAUGGCCGCACCCUGUCCGACUACAACAUCCAGAAGGAGUCCACCCUCCACCUGGUGCUGCGUCUGAGGGGAGGCAUGCAGAUCUUUGUGAAAACCCUGACGGGCAAGACCAUCACCCUGGAAGUGGAGCCCAGUGACACCAUUGAGAAUGUGAAGGCUAAGAUCCAGGAUAAGGAAGGCAUCCCUCCUGACCAGCAGCGUCUGAUCUUUGCUGGCAAGCAGCUGGAAGAUGGCCGCACCCUUUCUGACUACAACAUCCAGAAGGAGUCCACCCUCCACCUGGUGCUGCGUCUGAGGGGAGGCAUGCAGAUCUUUGUCAAGACCCUGACCGGCAAGACCAUCACCCUGGAAGUGGAGCCCAGUGACACCAUUGAGAAUGUGAAGGCUAAGAUCCAGGACAAAGAGGGCAUCCCUCCUGACCAGCAGAGGCUCAUCUUCGCAGGAAAGCAGCUGGAAGAUGGCCGCACCCUUUCUGACUACAACAUCCAGAAGGAGUCCACCCUCCACCUGGUGCUGCGCCUCCGUGGAGGAAACUAAAGUGCUGCUUCUAAGAUAUCUGCUUAUUGCUUGCUGAUCCACUGUCUGCAUUUCUUUUAUUUUCAAUAAAGUUUGCUGUUCCUAAAUUUUUACUUUAACUGUUUUGCUGACAUUGAGCUAACAGCAAAUGUGAUCAAACUGAUUACAAUUUGAAAUGUUUCUGAAAGUUCAGGAUGUGAAUGUUUUGAGUGACGCAAAUAAAAAUGGCUUCUGUCAUCUGGUCUGACUAA